CCCGAGUGGUCCAGCCCAGCAAGCGACUGUGGCGCAGGGGGCAAUGCUUACGCCACACGCAACAAUGGUCCGAGAACUCAAACACCACGAAAAGAGGCUGCUCAAAAAGGUCGACUUUCUGCAAUGGAAGUCAGACCAGAGCUUGCAGGAGACUAGGGUCAUGCGCAGAUACCACGUAACGAGGAGAGAGGAAUACAUAAAAUACAACAAAUUAGCCGGCCAGAUAACAAAACUCGCCAACAAACUCUCCCUCCUCCCCCCCGCCGACCCCUUCCGCACCACAAAAACCGAAGCCCUCCUCGAAAAACUCUACCGCAUGGGCAUCCUCACCGCCGAGAAAUCCCUCUCCCAGUGCUCAAAAGUGACCGUCGCCUCCUUCUGCAGGCGGCGGCUCGCGGUCGUUAUGGUUAGGCUGAAAAUGGCAGAGACGGUCAAGCAGGCCGUCAAGUAUGUUGAGCAAGGGCAUGUGAGGGUCGGGCCUGAGACGAUCGCGGAUCCUGCGUAUCUUGUGACGAGAAAUAUGGAGGAUUUCGUGACGUGGGUUAACACCAGUGCUAUCAAGAGGAAGGUUAUGAAGUAUAACGAUAAGCUCGAUGAUUUUGAUCUUCUGUAACCAUCUGGUCGAUAUCCAAGUUUUGCAAUCUUAUUCUGUACAUAGUCACUAUUUAUUCUUAGCAUUCUUACAUACCGCAUGCAUCGACCGUAGCAUUAGUUUCAGCGCUUUCCCGAUGACGCCCUGAGUGUUUU